CUCUUGAAUCUCUUGAAACCCGGGUCCGAAUAGCCGCAGCCAUAAAAAAAAUAGACCUAUUUCAGGGUGUUUAACAGUGUCCAAACACCGGUUUUAAAAAUGGAGGAUUGUAAAAUCGUAUAGUGCUGUUGUGACAGAAUGAUGAGAGUAGAAAAUUUGGGUACCGAAAAUUUAAUUAUUUGUGAAUCUAAAAAAAAUUGAAAAUCUUACAUUUCUACAGCAAUUUUGUAAUUUGAAAAAAUGACCAGUAGGAAUCGUUCUUAUUCGUAAGUGCCAUUUUGAAAUAUUUAUUAUUAUCUUCGGAAGUCUUCGUUUGGCAUAUUUCAUAUUUAGAAUUUAGUAAAGUAAAUAUGGCUAAAUAUAUGCCAAACAAAGAGAAGACAUUUAGCCUAUUUUGUGUUUGUGUCUAUCUAGGCCUAUCUAUUACUAAAUUAGUAAAUUACUAUUACUUAAAUUACUAUCUAUCACUCAGUAUUAGUAUUACUAUUACUAUGACUAUGAAUAGAUAAAAAUGAAAAAUCUCUUGACUUCUGAGAAGUGAUAAGUCUAAGUUCUUCUUCUUAUUGUUUGCCUACUUGGUUGUGUAUGGACCAUGGAUUUCUGUAAAGUAAAUGGUGUGGUAGACAUACAUACUUCCAAGCAAUACCAGGCUUGUAACAGUGUGUCUACACUCUACACUGAUGCAAUCAUUACAUUAUUCUAAAUCUUGGGUUAAACUGAACACUCAGUCAAACAGAUGCAUCAAUACAUUACUUCCUUUUCACCUUGGAAAUGCCGUAAAGAGGCCAUCCAUUAAUUAAGUCAAAAAAUUAGGAGGGGGUCGGAAAUGUUUGACAGUUGUUGACAAGGGGAGGGAGAGGGGUUUAGACUAGUUGACUUCAAAAAUCAUGUUUUCUCUAUUAUUUGAAAAGUGACUGGUUAUUACAUUAUUUUAAUAAAUUUAAUGAGUGUAAAUAGUCAUAUAAUUUUAGGUGUCAUGUGGAGUCAAGAUAAAUGAUAUUGUUAGAGUAGGAAUACAAUAUUUUGAGAAUCUGGGGAAAGUAAAGGGAUUAACAAUAAUAACAUGGCUGCUUGAACAGAUUAAAAAAAUCUGUAACUCUAUUUUGCAUCACAAGUCAAGUGAUGUUGUUAUUUAAACAAGUGGACACAGCCAAGGCCUCGGGACCAGACAAAUUAUGUGGUCGGUUCAUUAAACUAUGCUUAGAGCAGCUGUCCUACAUUUUUUGUUACAUAUUUAAUAAAUCUUACGUAACUCACACAAUACCAGCAAUUUGGAAAACUUCAGAAAUCAUACCAAUUUCAAAGAAAAAUAAGUUGACGUGCAACAACGACUUACGACCUGUUGCACUUACCUCUGUUGUAAUGAAAUGUUUUGAGAAAAUUAUUCUGAACGAAAUUUUGAAUGAUGUACAGCAAAAACUUGACCCCCACCAAUUUGCUUACCAACCUGCCAGAAGUACGGAGGAUGCAAUCUUACUAUUGUUGGAGAGACUUUACCAUCACCUAUGGGGACUAAAAUGGGACCCAGCUAUGCAUGCUUGUUCUUGGGGCAUUUCGAACAAGCAGCUAUACUGGACGCCUCCCUGAAUUCUAUAAGAGGUACAUAGAUGACGGUAUAGGGGUCAUCACUAUGGAGAGGAGUGAACUUGACCUGUUCAUCAACUUUGUAGGCUCCUUUCACCCCUCCAUUAAAUUCACAUCUCUUGUCUCUGAGACCUCAGUCAACUUUUUGGACAUUACAGUCACUCUGCACAAAGACAGCCUACUCACCUCUGCCUACUUUAAGCCCACUGACAGCCACAGCUAUCUACUCUAUUCUUCUUCCCACCCUAAAUCCUGUAAAGACUCUAUUCCUUUUUCUCAAUUAAUUCGUCUUCGUCGACCUUGUCGACUUUGUCGACUUUGUCGGUCAGAUGAGGACUUUUGAGACGAAGCACUUUAAAUGUUAGACUUUUUCCGGUGUAGGUCUUACCCGGAGACAGUACUUUCAUCAGCCCUCCAAAGGGUUAAGAAUAUUACCCAUGCUGAUGCCUUCAGAGGGACAAUGUUGACAGGACAAAACUUAUUAUAACUUAUCACCCUCACAAUCUGAUAGCCAAACGUGUUUUCCUUAAACACCGCUCUAUACUACUCGCAGACACUGACUCCAGAGACAUUUUCUCUUCCCCCACCUCUCAUUGUUUUCAGACGGGAUAAAAAUCUGAGAGACCUCCUUGUGCACAGUCGUAUCAACGCUGCCCCCUCCCACUUUUGGACCAAGCCAUGUGGACGCAGCCUUUUUGUCAUCCAGACUCAACAUAUACGUUUCCCUAAGGGCAGUUUUAAGAUACGCGGCGGCUUCCUUUGUACAAGCCGCAGUGUUAUCCACACCAUUGUCUGCACCCGCUGUCAGAUGACGUACAUAGGGGAGACUGGACGCCGUCUCUCUGACAGGUGUACCGAACACCUCCGUAACAUUACACAAGAUAAACAGUGUCCCGUCUCCAAAUACUUCAAUAGUAGCGACCACCAGGGCAAGACGGACUUUUCUGUAAGUGCGAUCGUGGCUAGCACGAACACACCCAGUCGGGUCAAUUUGGAACACAGGCUUAUCCUGACUUAUGGUACCCUGACGCCACAUGGGAUGAAUGUCAUGUCUUUUUUCACAGCUUGGCCCUAGCUCCGCCCCUCCACAUCCUGACCUAUCGCAGUGUACUUUUUUUCUCCUCUUCUCUUUCGCUUUUCCCUAUUUAAUCUCUCCCUUACUUACUUUCUGUCACAUUUCUUUUGCUGCCCACGGACACUACGUCCAAGCUAAGUGAUAUUUCUUAUUUUUAUUUUAUUUUUAGACCGUUUUUUUCUGCUAUUUUGUUCGCUGACGAAGGCUUUGUGCCGACACGUUUGUUGUUUUGUUGCGUCUCUUUUUUCAGUUUUAACCCUACUCUGUUUUAUUCAUUCUACAUUGUGCUAACCUGAUUGCAGUCUCUCCCCUUAUUACCCCUAUAAUUGUCAGCUUUACUGACAAUAAUCAUAUUUAUACUUCCAUAAACAAUAUUUAGUAUUUAACAACCUUUUAAUUGAUUCUGCAUAAUAAAAUUUAAGUGGAAAAACUUUUUAACUUGUUGAUUAACAAGCUAGACAUGUAAUAAAAUGUUUUGCCAACUAUUUUGUGUUAUUAAAAUAGAUCAGCACAAAGUAAAAUGUAUUUGUGAAUUUAUUUAUAUUUUAAUUCUUUUUUUUCUUUUGGGGGGGGUGGGGAUGUUAUAAAAUUUUGACAUAAUUAAAUAGGGGGGUCACUGUGAAAGUUUGACAGUUGUUGACAUGGGGGAGGGAGGGGGUAAAAAAUUUCGUAAAAUUUGUUGACGUAAUUAAUGGACGACCCCAAUUUAAUUCUUUUUUUUCUUUUGGGGGGGGUGGGGAUGUUAUAAAAUUUUGACAUAAUUAAAUAGGGGGGUCACUGUGAAAGUUUGACAGUUGUUGACAUGGGGGAGGGAGGGGGUAAAAAAUUACGUAAAAUUUGUUGACGUAAUUAAUGGACGACCCCAAACAGUUAAUCAUGAUUUCGUUAUCAAAAUUGCGACUUCCAAUUUUUAAUUUACAGAAAGUGUCGUACAUACUAUAUGGAUGGCCCCCUCCUCAAGUUUGUUUGAUGUAAUUUUAUGACAUAAUUCUUUCUUACGGCUGAACUGCAGCGAGAAAACUGAGAAAACUAGAGAAUGCAUUCUUACUUAACUGUUCGGCGUAGCAAUAUUAGAUUUCGACAUAUUUUAUAGGAUAUCAGAAAGUCUUUAAAAUCUAUUUUUAACAUGCAAAAAAAAUUUUAAAAAAAAUAUAAAAAAAUUCAGUAUGAUUUUUAAUACCCCCUCUUCCCUUCACCCAUUUACAGCUUUUGAUCCAACUUUGAGUUUGAAUCACAUUAAAUUUCACCAGUAACUUUUUUUUUUUACCAGUGACAGAUUGUGAUAAUGUGAGCUGCACAUUCACCUAAAUAUUACUUGAUAUCUAUAGCUGGUACACAUCUGCAAAACAAAGUGACAGCUUAUAUCAAUAUAAACGUAAAUCAUCUACUUUUUACCUUCCCUUUUUUUGAUGCCACCUUAACCGGCUCCCACUAGACAUGCAACGCAAGUAGUUAUUGGACACAUAAUAUAUACAAUACGUUUACAUAUUUACUAUUAACAUACUGUAUUGUACGAUUUUGUGCCAAUAUUGUAAAAUUUUAGGAGUUUGAGGGUAAACAGGACUGAAACUAUAUAUUUGACCCAAAAAACAUGUAACCCACUUUUCAAAUUUCCUCACUGUUUCGCCAACAAAUUUUUUUAUUUGUAAAGAUAAUUGUACCAAAUUUUUAGGAGUACUCUCAAAUACAUAAUAAACAACAAAAGUUGCACAUUACAUUAUAAAUAUUUAUUUUAAAGUUGAAAAAAUCCUGAAAAAUUAAAUUAUUAUUUUUAAACAUGUAAUUUUUUUACACAAAAAACGUAAUGCAGGUUAAUUACAUUUUAAAUUUAUAGCAAUAUCAAAUAAAAUUUUAAUUAUGGUGCUAAUAAUAUUUUUUUGAGAAAGCUUGAUAAUGUCUGAAAAGGAAAUUUUUUCUUAAUUUCUUUUUUUUUUAUUAUAUAGUUCAAUAUAGCAUCCUUUCCAUCUUUGAGAUACAAUUGAGUAGCUAUGUACACUUCAACAAAGGGCUCCCUAGGCUAAUUCUGGAAUGGCAAUCUCGGCGUUCUAUAUUGCUCUUUUUUUUGCAAGGGCUUCGUUUUUUGACUCCUUCAUUCACUGCUGUUUGCCAUCUGGAAUGCUGUUCAGCAAUGGUCGAUGCGAUGAUUUUUUUUUCUUUUCCCUUUUUUUUUUGUAAGCCCACGAUCAGUUUUUUUUUUUAUCAUUCUGGCUUUUGGUUUGAAUUCAGAGUUUGCUUUCUCUUAGAUGAGUUGCCGUCCAAGGCUAACGAGUCCCAUCCACCCGGGGUGCUUCGGAUGUUGGCUUUGGUGGGGAUUGAACUCCAGACCACCAGCCAUUUUGAUUGAGUCAGUUUAGACCGCUCGGCCACCCAGAACCUUUAAAUUUUUGCUUCCUUCAUGCUCCUUUUCCAAUACAAUAUACUAAUUACAUGAACAAAAUUUACUACUACUUAUUUGAUGGGAAAUUGAAAUCUUCCAGAAAAGAAAUAUAGAAACGUUAUUGAUAAAUUAUUCGAAUAUAGACAAUAGAGUCAAAGCUUACAAUAAAAAAAUGUCUGGUUCAUAGUUUGUAAAUAAUUACUUACAAUAAAUGUUAAACCAAUAAUAUCAUUUACCUGCAAGCGAUGGAGAAUUUAAAAUAUUCUGAAAGGUAAAAAGGGAGGUAGAAAUCUCCCUUCUUUAAUUGUUUAUCACCCUUGAAAUGAUUUUUAUCCUUUCACUCUUGCUCUCAGCAUUUCUUCCUUAUAGUAUGCAUUGCUUAACCCCCUGCCCCCACCCUUUAAAAUGUUUGCAAUAAAGUAAACACGUCGCCCACAUGCAUCUCUGACGCCAUUUUUCUGAUAGACUAUUGGCGGUCAUGUGAUAAGGCUGACGGGAAAAUGCCUCGUGCAACUUUGUUAUGGCGGUCAUGUGACAUUGUCGCCGGACGAAUAUCUUGAGACACUGCAAAUUAAAUAUAUUCAAUUUUAGUAUACCUUUAUUGAUAUGAAAUAGAAUGGUACUUCACUGUUUUGAAGUACAUAUAGAGCAUUGUUUUUACUUAACAAAAAUAAAUGUUUUAUAAUGCAAAUGUAAUAAAAUUGCAGAAGUUGGCUAUUCCAACAUGAGCCUCAAUGAAUUGAACCAAGAGCCACAUGUGGUCCAAAGAGUUGCAUUUUCCCAUCCUUGCCUUUGACAUGACUCCUCUAUAUUUAAUAUUUAAUUAUUUUUUUUGUCUUAAUUUUUAACAUACCACAUGGUAUGUUUUUCUUUAAGGUUUCUGCUAAAAUGAAAAAAAGAGUAAUUAACUAUCUUAUGAGUGCCUAUAGAUUUUCAGAUCUGGUGCAUUUCUGAUACACAACUAGAGCUUGUAAUUUUAAGUCUUUAUUUUGUUUAAUUUCCAGCUCCACCUUUAAGUUUUGUUGUACUUGUAAGCUUAAAUGAAAUAUCUUCUUCUGGUGAAAUGAACUUAUCAAUAGCAGAAGGGAUAUUUUUAUGUAUGAUGAUAAAAUAAAUGUAUAAAAAUAGUAGUUCCAUUGGAGAGGAUGGCGUGCGGGGUGUGCGUACCACACCAGGUGAUAUUCUCCCAGGAGAUAGAGACACCAAAAUAGAAAAAGAAAAUAUAACAGUUGGCUUUAGCUACCUCAAAUUCUAUUCUUUUUAUUUUAUUUAUAAAGAUGAUUCUCUCUGGUCAUAUGGGAAGAGUGAGAAAAUCCAUUAGAGAAGCCUUAUGCACUUACCUCACUGGGUGACACAAUCCUAGUGAGUGAAGCAAAUUAAUAAACAUAUUAGCUCUCAGGUGGAAUUUAGAACUUACGUAACCACUUUGAUUCCAUGGCUGUGAACUGAAUGAUAACCAGUAUGUGUUGUAUGUUUUUCAUCUCUUCGGCCUUCAAUAGUUUGUCCACUGAUAUCAAAUUCAAGGCUACCAGUUUCUGUCGACCGUAUCAUUUUCUUCAUGCACAGGUUUUUUAAAUACAUUUUUAUACAUGCAAAAGCACUUUUGCAUGCACACUUGGGACUUAAUCGACACCUUCUUGCUAUUGCUAGUGGCAGAUUUUUUACUGGUUUUAAAAGGUUGAUAAAUAUUAUUAUCAUUAAGUUUGAGCAAAAAUCACACUUUUAUAGUUUAGAUCAGACAGCUAUUUAGGUUCAAAAUAACACCGGGUUAGAUUAUGAGUGGUUACUGCCUGCUGUGGAUAUAUUCUUCAACCACUUUCAGUAGCUUGUGGUCAUUAAUUAGUUAAAUUUUUGUCUAUUUAACUAUUGUCAAAAUUGUCUCAUUUUAAAGUUAAUGCAAUAUACUGAUUAUUACCAUUCCACCCAAAUUUCUCGUAUGCAUGCAUGCAUUUGAAUAAUUUUACUUUUUAAUAGAUAUGAAUUUUUAGCAGAUUGUGUAAAAUUUUUAUUAUUACCAUUUUUAAAUGCAAAUAAAAUAGAUAAAAUGUUGUAUUUGAUCAUUAGCCUUAACACAGAUUCACCAUAAUAAGUGGUACCCAAGUUCCUCGUUUUAUUAACUUCUAGUGUGUUAACCCAUAACUGGUCUGAAAUUAACUCUCUUGGGAUGAUCCACGGCUCCGAUAAUUCAAGCCUCAAGGCUGGCUGGUCUUCAUACCAGCUAAUCAGAUUGUUUCCUACCUUUCUUGGACAUCCUGGGAUUUUAAUGGCAGCCUCAGUUGAUUGUUUACUAGCUUUUGUUGUGUUCAGGAAUUUUUUUGGGGUUGCAAGUAAUAUAGUAAAAUUCCAAAAUGUCUGACAGUGACACUGAUCAAACUAUCCUUAGUAAUUCUGAUAUUCAGCAGUAAUCUGACACUGAUGAAAACAAACAGGAAAGUAAUGAAGACGAUCAAAAUGAUAAUAAUUAUGUUGUGAACCCUUGGUUUGGUAUUAUGAGAUAGAACUGGAUAGAGGUACCCCAAUGAAUGUUUAGAAAAUAUAGGACCUAUCAUUGUGCCUCGAAGCAAAGCACCCCAGUUGAAUACUUUAUGCUAUUUUUUAAAACUAAAUGUCAAAUGUUUGUGAGAGACGCCAAUAGGUAUGCAGACAACUUUCUCAGUAACAUUCCAGCUAAAGAGAAGGUCCCUAGGUAAUAAAUGGGUGCCUGUAACAGUGAGUGUCUGUAGCAACUGAAAAAUAACCUGAGGCAGGAAAAGGAGUAGAACCAUUUACAGAGGUGUAUGAAGGGCCUCCAUGGGCCUUGUUUUCCAAAACAUUAGUGUUAGGUCUUAUUCAGGCUUCAUCCAUAACAAAAUUUAUACAGGUGAUGUUAAUUCUAAGUUUAACAAAAAAUUACACUCAUAAAUUAUGCAAAUCGGGAUUGCUCAUUUGAAUAAAUGUUGAGAUUUCAGUUUGAUUCAUAAAGAUUGUAUUAGUUCAUUCAAUUUCCUACAAGAAUAUAUAUAUAGUUUUAUACAUGAAAAGGAAAAAGUUUAUUUUUUAAUAAUUUAUUUUUGAAGUAUGAGGGCCGAGCUGGUAAAAAAAGAGCUCCGUCUGCUUGGCAUAGACACUCAAAAAAAGGCUCCAUCCUGAACGGGUUAAAGCUAUUGAAAUUAGAUGGCCUUUUCUGUUCUUUUGAAUCAAGACAAUAUGGUUAAUAUGGAUCAGAUCUAAUGGUUCACAUUGUCUAAAUUUUUCUAUGCUAUGACUAUAAUAAAACCUAUUUAAAAGUUAGUUACAGGACAUAUUAAUUAUAAAAUUGUGAAAAACCAUUCAAAAAAAAAAAAAUCAAAUUGUUUCAUUUAAACCUCAAGAUCAAAAAAUGUCCAAAAAUGUCUUUAAUAUGAAUCUGUUUUGUUACAGUUGAACUUUUAUUAGCCAUCUAAAACCUGGUAAGUUUGGGCUGGUCGUUUGAGAAAUAUUUGUUAUCCUCAAUUACCUUUUGUCUUUGUUACAUCACUUAAUUUUUACAUUUUUGAUUCAUAAGAGUUUUUUAAAUUUAUAAAUACUUAAUUAUUUAUGUGUGUAUAUUUAUUGACUAUGACAUGAAUAAGAUGUAAACACAAUUUCACUAUUAGAAAUUAAAAAAACAAACUGUUUUAUUAAUUUUUUGCAGAGAAGAAUAACCAUUGAAGUAAAGUUGUUAAAAAAUGGUAGUUUUAAAGGCCCGCUUCCUCCUAAAUAAAUUAUGUUUCUCCUUUUAGUCAAGGAAACAUGCAUUAUAUAUGCAUAUAUAAACUUCUUUCUUUUUGUUGACUGCAUGACCUCUGAAGUUGUGCACUAUGUAAUGUCCAUGAAUGUGUUCAAUAAAUCCUUAACCAGGUCACUGAGGAAUAGAGAGCAGGAAAAUUAGAUGAACCUUGUGCAGGGGUGAGCAAACUUUGUGUGCGUAGGGCCACAUUGAAAAAUGAAAAGCUAUUGGAGGGCCGCAUAUAUACUUUGCCAUAUUAGCAUUACAUUACGAAGGUCAAGGAUUGUUUACAAAAAUGGGAAAAUUGGAAAGAAAUUUUAUAAAAAAUGUUAAAACAAUCACAACGGCACAUGAAAUUCUUUAUAGUUCAACAAGAUAACUUAAAAACGAAGUAAUUUUAUAUUAUUUCUAAAUGCCAUCGGAGGCUGCAUAAAAUUAGUUGCCCGGGGGGGGGGGGGGUAGUUUUCCCACCCGUGACCUAGUGCAUCCGCCAGUGUUAAAAACGAAGUAAUUUUAUAUUAUUUUGAAAGGGCUUGGGAGGGCGCAUAAAAUUUGUUGCCCGGGGGGGGGGGGUGUAGUUUUCCCACCCGUGACCUAGUGCAUCAGCCAGUGUUAUAAGUAUAUAAAGCUAUGCAUUGGUUAAAGGUUUCUUUAAUGGGAUGUUUUAUCAUUGAAACAUUUGAGCUCACUUCCCCAUCCUUCAUCUUAGUUCUUUUUUUAUUUUUUUAUUCCGUAUUAGUCACUUUAUGCAAUAGUAUUCACUAUAUAAAUAGUGAAGACCUGAGCCAAGCAAAAGCAAAAGGUUACUUGCAAACUGCCCUUAGGUUUAUGUUUUUUGUUUGAACUGAUAAUGCUUUCAUGUGUCAAUGUCCCUUACUUAAAUGAUAAUUGUAAAUCUUAAAUGAUAAUUGUAAAUGGAAUAUGAUUAGCUUUGAUAUUAUAAGUGAUCUUUAACUUUUACAGUGGUGUUUAUAGUAUCCAGGGUAGUUCAUUUUAUUGGUUAUAUUUUGCACUUCUAUUUCUAACCCAGUUAUUUAAUUUGUUACACUUUCUUUCAUUUCGCUGUCCUUUAUUUACCAUGGGAGUUUAUCCAAUAUUCAUCCUCAGCCCUUCAGCUUGGGCAUUUAGAUAUCAUUUCAUCAUGGGCCUCUGGUAACAAAUAUUAUUUUUAUAAUAAUAAAAUUUGCACUUUUAUUUUUUGGAAUGGCUGAGUCUGCAUUUUAAAAAUAACAACAUUCCUUAAGUACCUAGUACCUGUAGUUAAAUUAUUUGUCACAUAAAUCUCCGAGGCCCCUAAUUUUUCCUAAUUGUGCAGCGUUGCAGGAGCGAGCCCACUAAAGAUGAAAUCUGUCCUGAAACAAACGUUACUAAUAUUAUUGGGUUUAACCCCCCAACAUCUAUGAUCGUUAUGAAACCAUGUUGACAACCUCAAGUGUAUACCAUCAUGCAUUCCACAAAGGUCAUGGUCAUGAUCCAAAGAAAUGGUUUGUAACAAAAAUAUAUGUCCACCGUUGAUUUUGUUAAAUUAUUGCAAGAAACUUUUUUAAAAAAAUAUUAUAAAGAGCAAAAUAUUUAGUUAUAAUUUGCUCUCAGCUGGAUAGAAAAACAACUAAUAUAUUUUCUGUUCGCCAACUUCUUCAGUCACCAAAUAUAUUUUCAACCAUAAAGUUGUGAUAAUAGAAACAGUGCAAGUCCCAGAUAGUUAAAUAUCCUGUGGGUAAAUAUUGCCCUGUUUCUGCAAAUUCUCUUCCAAAGGAAAUAUAAAAUAUAAUCCACAUCAAUUUUUAUAUAAUCAUUUUCAUAUAAUGUCUAGAUUAGAUCAUCUCUCAUAUUUAAUUUUUUCAAUUUAAGAAAUUCUGCAUUACCACAUCAACUGAUGCAGAGUUGAAGAAAAAAAAAUUUCAGUCACCAAAAGCCUUACUCAUUAAGGCAAAAAAUAAUUCUCUCCCCACCACCCUUGCUAAUCUUUCUCCUGAUCUGUCCCUUUUUACCAUGGAAGCAUCGUGGGGAGGUAAAGUUGGGGAUUAGCUGAAAGUUGUGACGCCUGAUGGAGGUUCAUGUUGUGGACUUUUAGGGUGUCCUUAACAAAGUCGUUCUACUUGCUCAUUAAAGACAUAAAAAAAUAAAUAAUUGUCUGUAACUUCAAUAACUUAAAAUAUUUGCUUCAUUAAUUUGGGAUAACCACCUUACAUUCUAAUCAAUCCUUUUUUUCUCAUUAACCUACAUAGUUGUCUGGGUAGAAGUAAACAAACAAGAAUUUAGCUUUAUAUAUUUAAAUAUAUAAUCAAUACAUGAUUAUUGGUUGUAGACAGCUGGGAUAAUUAAUAUGUAAGGUCAUAUGUAGCAUGACAUUGACAGGAACACUAAUUAUUGUUAUUCUGUUAUUAUUAUGUCUUAUUGAUUUAGGAAAUUAGUACUUCACAGUGAUAUCAGUCCUUAGUUUCUGGGUCCUACUUUUAUUGCAGUCAUGAUCUAUUUUGAACAGCAUGUCCCCAUAAUAUUAUGAUUGAAAUACAGUAUAAAGUGACCUUGUUGGUUAAAAAUAAUUCAUAAAAGUAAAAGACACCAAUAAAAUAAUAUAAAAAAAUACAUUUAUAACUUAGAAAAAAAGGUGGGGGGGGGGGGGGCACUUUUGUUUUUUACAAACAAAACAUUGUCUUUUACUAGACAAACCAUAUAUUAUAAUAUCAACUAUAAAAUAGGCCAUAAAAAAUAAGAUGGUAAUGAUGGGCAGAAAUGUAAGUCUUGUAAAUAACUGGAACUAAUGUUUAUAUUACUGGUAUGUAAAAUUAUGGAUGCAGUUUUUACUCUUGUGCAGUCUCUGCCCCAAAUCUGCAAAUUAAUUUAUUCAACACACAAAAAUUUGCUUUGGUGUACAUUGGAUAAACUAGUGCUCUAAAAUUCCCAAAUGGUCAUCGCAGUCGCAACUAUUAUUCUUGAGAUUUAAAACAAUCCAACACUCUCUUGAUUGCUUAACCUUAAAACAGGGAAUUGUUACUUCACAUCUACAUUGGCUUUUGGAAAUAACUGAUAAAAGGAUGGAUUUCCUGCCAAACAAAAAAAUACCCCCUUUGAGAAUAUAAUGUACCUAUUUUUGUUUAUCUCUAGCCAUCUGAUUAUUUAUCUCCCUUUUAGUGGUAAGAUAUUUUAUGCCACUCAAGGCUAUAGUAUCAGUGAAGUCAUAAUGCACAAUCAUAAUAGCUUUAUGUUUUAUCUUUAUAUCUCAUUACAAAGCCCAAUGAAUACAUGAAUUCCUCAAUGUAAAUUUGCAAAUUUUUUCUUCAAUUAAUGCCCACUGUGCCCCAGGGGAUUAUUUUAUAUAUUUUUGUAUGCACUUUUGCUGAAAUGAAUAAGCUGUUUUGUUUUUAAGGAAUGUGACCUUUCAAGAAAUAAGGAUUGAAUCCAAUCAUGUCUAUAUGAAAGUAAAACAGUAUUGUAAAAAUGAGAAAUGUCUGCUAAUUACUACCGUCAUGCACUGAUAUUAUUUAUUUUUUAAUUAACAGAAAUGAUGUGAUGUGAAGUAGAUUUUAAAGCAUAAAAUUUUGUGUUAAAGAAUUAGGUGAAGCUUUAUUGAAGAGAGAUGGACACAUUGGCUAAAAACUUACUGCAAUAGAUAAAAAUAUAUAAUUUCUCCAUUGAGGACCAAGUGUUGAUCGAUGCAAUAGUAUUAAAAACGAGGUCUCUGGCACAAAAAUUAUUUCUUUAUGCAGGGUAUGAUCUAAGGAUUGAUAACUAUAGUUUAACAAAUGCUGUAACACAUUUCAGGUGCUCAAAGUCUAGAUUUGUUCUUCUAUAAUCAAUAAAUGUGGAUGCAUUUCCUUGUAUAUCUCAGGUUUUGUUGAAAUAUACCGAUGUUACAUUUGCUGGUAGUUAUUCUAAUGUAGUGUCAUAAAUUAAAUCCAGUGAUAGUACUAAAGCUUGAGAAUUAGUGAGAUAUUUUGUUAUAAAUGAAGUGAGGAGUAGGUUGUGUUACAAAACCUGGACAACAACCACCCCCACCCCCCUUGUUAGAUAAUUUAGAAGAAAUAAGGCCCUUUCUUACACCACAGAACAUUUGAUAUUCUUUGACUUUGUAGACUAUACAUCUUUGCAUAGGUCAGACCUGUGAGAUCAUCAGGGACAUUUUCAAUGUUGUUACUAUGAGCUGUGUGGGAAAUGCCAACUCUGUGCUAUGAGUGAUCAGAUAAGUAGGCAAUUAUUCACACACAAAUAUCAAAUUGUUUCUUUGAUCUCAUUCUCCAGUCGUUCAGGCAAUUCCUUAUAUGAGCUGUUGGGUCUCAAGAAAGGAGCCACAAAUGAUGAAAUCAAGAAAGCUUAUAGAAAGGUAAGGUGGUCUUACACUUGUGAGAGACUGAAUACACAUGUUGCCGUCACCUUCUUACACCUCACAGAAACUAAACACCGAUGGUGUUAUUGGAGUAUUUUACUGUCUGGAAAUAAAAGCAGCAUGAGAGUUGUGAGAUUAAACCUAUAUGAUGUUGUUUUUCUAAAGGUCUAGUCCACUGAAAUUGUUAGCACAUUGCCAUUUACAAAAUGAAAAUGAGCCAAUUUUUUUUCUUCAUAAUUUUAACAAUUAAAAUUUAUAAUAAAAUGAAAUGCAUUUAAAUUUGAGUCCAUAUAUAUUUCAUUAUGUUUGUUAAAUGCCUAGAGAGUGAUUUUGUUAUUACAAUUAACUGACCAAUUAGGGAAGUAAGAGUUUAAUGAGGCAUCUAAUCUAUUGGAUUUACAACAUUUUGCUAUAUCUGUGACUAAAACUACUUCUUAUUAAGAUUAGAUAAGAUGAAUUUAUUGAUUUAUUUUGAUUACUACAUACAUAUACUUUUGAUCUUGAAAGUCUUUGUCUGGGUAUUUGAUAACUUAGUGUACACAAUUUUUGGGCUGAUAUAAUUUUGGUUUUUAUUUGGUUUAAUAUACAUUAAUGGUUUAUUUUAUGAGGAGCACAGUGUGUAAGCUAUUAGUUGUAUGGUAAGAUGAAAUGGAUAUGGGAGGCCCUGUUGUUGGCAACAGUGUAAAUAGUGAAGUAAGUUUGCUUGGUUAAACUUUAAGUGAAGCUUCUCAGAUUAAAUGCUGGGUGUGAUAAGUGGGUAAGAUAAGUCUUCUUUUGCCUCACUUUACAGCUUGCACUCAAAUUUCACCCUGACAAGAACAGAGAUAGUCCUGAUGCUGCAGACAAGGUAAAAGGCCAAUAUUCGUUAGUUUUGUAAAUAAGAUAUAGAUUCCGCUUUUAGUUAGGGCAAUCUAAUGUGUACCACAUAAAUCUCUGCAUGACACGUUUGAUAUAAAAAAUAUAUUAUUUUUAGUUUUGUGUACAAGAGAAUUUGUUUAACAUUGUUACAUGAUGCUCAUGGAAGUUGUAUAUAAUUUAUGUGAUGGUAUAAAUUUAAUUAACAUUUAAGUAGAUUUAGGCAGCGAUAGGUGAAGCAUACUGUUGAAUUAUUUAAUUUUGUUUUAGUGAUCAUUUGUUUCUGUCUUGUGCAAUGCGUAAUUUAUGUUUUAUAACUUGACACACAGUUUGACAAUUAUUUUUGUCCAGUUCAAAGAAAUCAACCGGGCAAAUGUGAUCCUUACUGACAGUACAAAGAGAGGCAUCUACGAUAGGUAUGGCUCAAUGGGAAUCUACGCUGCUGAACAGUUUGGUGAGGAAAAUGUCAACACUUACCUUGUGCUUACCAGCGGCUGGUGUAAGGUAUGUCAUUGACAUAUUUGGGUUUAAAUUAUGUUCUUCAUAUAUAUAUGGGUCUAACGCAUGUCCUUGAUAUAUGUGGGUGUAAAAGGGGGUUGGGGAAGUUUGGGAUUAAUUUAGGCUGGUUAAGAACACUGGUCUAAAAUCCUUAUUUGCUUAUGUAAUAAAAAAAUACAUACCAUUCAUUCCCAAAAUAAAUGAAUGAAUGUUAAAUAGAUUUUAAUUACCAGAAUUUACAAUUGAUGUAAAACUUUAGUUCAACCUUCUGGCUUAUUUCUAAACCUCAAAAUUUUGCACUUUGUGGACCAUAGGCGAAAAUAAGCAGUUCUCAAAUUUUUAAUAUAUUAGUGAGUUUUAGAUGGAUCACACUCUAAAUUAGGCAGUGUUUUCUUUAAAAAUAUGAAAAUCUUACUGAAUCAAUAGGAUAUUAGAUAAGUAAAAUAUUCUGAACAGUAUAUUUUGAGAAAUGCUGGUCUGGAAGAUAACAGUUCUGCUGACAAAUGGCCUGCUGUGAGGGAAAACACUGAUGUUAUCUAAAUAUCUAUUACAUAAACAUUAAAUUUUAUAACUAGAACUAUGUCUGAAAAAGUGGGAUUCCUGAGUUUAACACUACCAUGGACUUCCUUUGUAAGUCACUGUAGUUUUGUGUCACAUUUGUGUGUGUUAUAGUGACUAUAGUAGAGUUGCUCUUAUGCUAUUUGAGUUUUUCAUCAUAUUAAAAAAGUAUGUUUUGACUUUGCUCCAUGCUUUUUAUGGAAUUGAAUUUUAUGUGUAUGUUACAUUCCAGGGAAUAGAGAGAAUAUAAAUUAUUUCAAAUUCAUUGCCAGAUGUUUAUGGAACACGACCUUUUAAUUUUUUUUUUUUCUUUCUAAACUGCUAAAGUUUCUAAAAACCCUUACAUGAUAUUGUUAAGCGGAUUAUUUACUUAAAAUGUUUAAAAAGUUAUUUGGUAAUAUUUUUUAAACUAGAAUUAAAACUAAAAUGUUGAAAUAAAUUAAUCGUAUAUUCGAUAAUUAAUAUUAUAAAUGGGAGUGUAUACUAUAUCCUUGUGUUGGAUUAAUUCCUUUCUGACAUUGCUCAGUUAUCUCCCUUUAUUUAGCCAUCAUUGUUUAUUUCCUUCAGGCCCUAGCCAUAUUCUGUGGCAUCAUCACUGGCUGCUACUGCUGCUGUUGCUGCUGCAUGUGCUGUAACUUCUGUUGUGGCAAAUGUCGCCCUCAGGCACCAGAAGAGGAUGGUGACUAUGCUAACCUACAUGUGAGUAGUGAGGGUGAUAGGCUAAUGGAAGAAAAGGUUAGAUGAAUAUUGUAUAUUGUUUAGUUUUAGCAGCGGCUUUUAUUUUCCUACCACAUGGCAAUAUUGUUUAGUUUUAGCAGCGGCUUUUAUUUUCCUAUCACAUGGCAUUAUUGCUUUUUUAUUGCAGCAGACCAUUCUUGCUCAUUAAUGUUUGAAAUGUUUGCUUAUAUAAUUUGCACAAUUUUUAUUUGAUAUUUAUGCAAACGAGUGAAGAAUUUUAUUGAAUUAUAUUUUAUUUAAAAUUUUCCUACCUGAAAAAAAAAGAUAUUUUUUUGCUGUAUUUAGGCUUUUGUUUUCUGUUUAUAAUAUUUGAUUGUUUAUAAUUAUUUGAAUUCAGAAUAAAAUAAAAAUGGAUUUUUUUCAUUUUAAACCUUAUUUCAAUUAAGAAAAAAAGUAUUAAAGGAUUAUGUUAUCUAAUUUUAUUAAAUAAAUUUUUAAAAUUUUACAAACUGAUUAAAAAAUCUAAUUUCAUUUGUUAUGAAGUGUUAUAAUAAAAAUGAAAAUUUUUCAGGUCAAUUUAUAUAAUUAUAAUUUUUUUAAAGAAGGGACUCACUUUUUAAAACCUUUAUAUUAACUUCACUUUAUUCAUGUGUUUUUUUUUCUGGGUGGGUGUAUAGCAAAAUCUUUGGAAGGCUAAUUGACCCACUUCCCCUCAACCUAUUGAGCUGAAACUUUGCACAUAGACUCAUUGCCGAUGACAAUACAUUCUUUCAUCCCCAUUCUAUUUUCAGCCCCCCCCCCCACCCCACCCCACCCAAAGCCCCAAAAAUAAGUUUUUCCUGUUUUUCAAGGGAAAUGAAGGAAAUAUGAUGCCACUGAUUUCACAUAAUAAAAUUCCCAAUAACUGAACUAAAUGAGAUUGUUAAAAAUAUCACAAGUGCGUUAAGUGUGUAACAUUUUUUUUUUUUUUCUGAAAUAGUUGGUGUAAUAAAUAUGCGAUGUAAAAGUGUGUGGGUCAUUAGAAUAUUAAUGUACAUUAAAAUAAAAAAAAUUCAUGUAAUGGAUUCAUACAAAAAACUUUGUUUGUAGGAGUUGUUUAAUUAACCUAUUCAAAAUAAAUAUGUAAAGCUUCUUUGAAAAUAUCUAAACAUGGCAACGCUUUAUUUUUUCAUCUUUCUUUUUCAUAUCAGUUGUUAUUUUCUUUUAAAGCAUAUGAAAUUUACAAAACAAUGUAACAAAACGUAGAUCAUAUGAUGCGUACUGUAAACAACCUUGAAAGAAACUAAUUUUAAUAUCUCAAAUUUCAAACCAUAUAAAAAUUUAACUACAUUACCAAUUACAAAAAGAAAAUUGCAAAAGUUGAGUGCUGUUGAAGCCACUGGUCCUUAGUACAAUUUUGAUACUUGUCUACUGGUCUGCCAAACAAUUUUAUGAAAUCUAAAUAUGAAUUUAAUGAGCUAAAUUAAAAUGUUAUUUAAUCGUAAGAGUUAGAAUGUCUUUAUACUGUAUUUGAUUUAAUUCUCUUUAUUUGCUUUAGGAGUCAAUAUGGGACAUUUAUAACUUUUAUUUUUUUAAUUAUGUUAUCAUUUUUUGGUUGUAAUCUUGAAACCAUAAUUUUUUAAAUUUAAUUAUUGACUUUGAGUUGUAUUCUUUGCUUCCAUAGCUACGCUUGUAUUAAUCUAAAUUGUAGGUUGUUUAAAAUUACAAUAUUAUAAGAUUUCAUCCUGUGAAGCAGCAUUUAGGUAAUAUAACUUUUUUUGAAAAGUAACAAAAAUAGUUUUUAAUAAGUAUGUUAAGAUUUAAAGCCAAAAUAUAUUAAUCAAUUACAUUACAAAAGAAUUACUUUCUGGUUAGUAUUUGACAACAAAAUCUGAAAUCAUAAACUUAUUCAAUGUUAAAUAACUCUCUUUACUUUCUCUUUACUCAAUUGCAUAGUCCCACUGUCUAAAGUUUUGUGUUUAAAUUUUAAAAAACAUAAACUUUCUCUUUUCUUAGGAAGAGCCAAGCAGUUCACCUGAUGAUCCAGUUGUUGUAUCCCAGCCAUAUGGGGGGAUGAGAGAGGACAAGGAGGAUGAGAAUCUAGAUGAAACCACUGGUAUAAAGAGAGACAGUCACCCAUCUUAUGGUACUGAUGACGCCUUACUAGCACAAGGGGCGGGCUCAGGAGACACAGCUAUUGUAGUAAACAAGGAGCAUUAGGGUAUUUUAGCAGUAACUGUCCUUUUUCUUUUGAUUCUAUACCAUAUUCGUUUGAGUCCCUCUGUCAAGGAUGAGCUCAAGUAACUGAUUGUGGCAAUGCUUCAGUGUUAUUUAUUCUCUCAUAAAGGACAUUUACCUCAUGUCUUAAUGGGACAUCUUUCUUUACCUGCAUAUCAUAGUCUAGGAGGAAAUUUGUCAACAAGAGAGAGGAAAUGACAAUGUCAACUAAAAGUGUGUCCAAAUAUGAUAGUGAUUCCAAUGCAGCUAGGCUCAUUUGAUUUUUUCUUUAAAACUUUUUCUACUCAUACUUAAUUUGCUUAAAUGUUCUAUAUAUAUUUUUUGUAUUGUAAUGCCUUUGAAAAGGGAUUACCGAAUUUUUUCAUUCCCAAAUUGAUUCUCAUCCAUGUUUAUUCAUUUUUAUUUGUAUAAGACCUUUGAGAAGACAUAAUGUCCACUAUAUCCAAAUUUAUUCUAAUGUAUUAUAUUUUACAUAAUUCUACAGAUGUACAUUAAACAAGUGUUUUGGUCCCUUGGUAGAAGCUGCUAAAAUCUUGAUCAUGUUAGAAUUAUAAAUGUACAACAUUUUUUAACAGCAAUGUAAAUUUACUUUAAAAAGAUUUUUUGUGACAUUUUCGAAGGUGGGGCUCAGUGUGAAGUUUUAAAAGUCCAAUCAUAAUGAAAUAAAAUUGUUGUAUAUUUUAAAAGCUGGCCAGGGCACUAUCUAAUCAUUUAAUAAGUUUUGACCAACACAGUGUAAGCUACACAUAUUUAAUGCUAUACUUAGCUUUACUAACAUAAAAACAAAUAUUCAGAUUAGAAUUGGCAGAUAAAUGCUUAAUUGAUGUUUUAUAAGAAUUAUAUACACAAUAAUAGAAACAAAUUUUUUCUUUCAAUCUUUUUUUUUUAAAAAUUGGUAAAAUUCUCUCCCCUUGUCAUAAAAUUCCAAAUUAUUGUUUCCACCUUGAAUAAAAUUAAAUAUUUUUUUGGGUCUAUCAGUAUUUGUUUUUGGACAAAGUAUAACAAAAUAAAACCAAAUAAAACUAAACUAUUUUUACCAUUGUCCUCUCUUGAUUCUUGCAUAUUUAAUUUGUUUGAUGUUGAUAUUCAUGUAUAUUUAUUUUAAGGCUCAUUAAUACAUGACAUACUCUGUGGCAUUGCAUUUAGUUGCAAUAUCCAGAAGAAGGUUAACAGAAUAGCACUAAAUUAUAUCAAUGUUUUUAAAAUAACAUCUAAAAUAUAAUUUUAAGUCUACCUUGGAAUGGCAAAGAAUGAAAAACUUAUAUACUAAGUCUACCUUAGAAUGGCAACAAAUGUAGAGCUUGUAUUUUAAAAACAUAUUUGUUAAAUUAUUCACUUGCUUAAAAAUUAGACUCGGAGGGGAACUAAAUGAGUCACAAACUUUUAAAAAAAUAAAUGAGGGAAUAUCCAAAGCAAUGGCAGGAUUUCAUAUGUUAAUGAUCCUUGAAUAAUUUACUUGUUUCAUUCAUAUGGCUUAAAGUGGGCUCUGUUAUUAGUGAAAGUUGAAUGAAAUCUGAAACCUUAGUGGUUUUAUGUCAUUUCUCUUACAGACUGCCAGCAACUGUAUGUUUAACUUCUUUUCUGUGAUUGUGUGUUGAUGGAAGUAAUUAUUAUUUUUAAUAUAAUUCUUUAAAAAAAAAUUUGUUCUGUGAAUGAAAUGGAUGGCCUAAAAAAAUUUGUUAUUAAGUUAAAAAAAUGUUCACUUAUUGUUGAAUAGGAAAAUUUAUAUACAAAGCAUUUAUUCUUUGAAUAUCAAAAAAUGUUUUAUUUACAUAUUUUGGAUUAAAUUUUGUUGGUUUAAUUGUGAAAAGCUGCAUUGCUUUUUAAAAAUGUUCUUUUGCUUUAUUCAUUUUACCCCUGUUGAAAUAACUGUUUAUUUUUGUAUAUUUGUAAGGUUUCUGUUUUAGAGCAUCACAUAUUUUAUUUUAAUUCCUUGGAUCAGUUGGCAUACUUAAAGAACCAAGAAGUAAAUCAUUUGGCAAUAUUUAUAUGUCACAACUGUAACUAAACACUGCAAUAAACUAUCCAACUAAAUCCCAUGCAUAUUUCAUUGAGUGACAUCUCUGUACACUUUAGGUAUACUUUUUAAGAUUAAAUGAAAUUGUUUCAUCAAUACAUACUCUCUGAUUCUGCUUUGAUAGUCCCUUAGUUUAAUUUCAAUUGUAAAUUUGUCAGAAUAAAAUCCCUUCAGUUAUUUUUUUGGGUAAAACUGCUAACUACCGUUUCAAUUUCAAUUUUUUAUUUCAUGUGAUGUGAAGUUGGGUCUAUUUGAUGAACUCUUGAGGCAUUUGAUAAUGAUGAUGAUAUGUUGUAGAUAACUGACCUAGAGGUCAAAGAUCAAACACCUUACAUAACAGAUGAAUAAGAAAUGAAACAUUGGCAUAACGUAAAUUUUAAGGGCCCCAGUUACCUUCUCUGGCUCAUUAUAGCUGCUAGGGCUCCUAGGAUGUAUUUGACUGCUGAAGUCAUAGUUAUGCAGUUGGAAUGGAAUCUAUUAGCUUAGUAAGAAUACAAUUUUAAAGUGGGUAAGAACUCAACUGCCAAAGUUCAGAUUUUAUAUUAUGUAAAAACUGAUUGAGCACAUUUAUUGCUAGAUAACUCUGUCCAAGCUUACACCUGAAACAAGGUAGAUUAUUUAAGAGUUUUAUCACUUUAAUCAUUAAUUUUCACUUAGUUAUCUUAGUAUGUAUAGUACUUUUUCUCUAAUCUACUGUGGCUCUAUAGCUGUCCUACCCUUUUUUUAAGUUACUAAUUUUGGUCAACAAUGGCAAGAAAAUCACAGAUCUCUGACUUUGGGGAGUAGCAAUCAAUGUUUUUUACAUCUAAGGGAUGUCCAUUAAAUCAUCACAGCUUUCAGGUGGGUGUUUUUUAAAAUUUUUAGGUACAGUUAAAUCAAUAUUUGGUGAGCCUAGAAAUAGAAAGAAAAAAGACAUCUAUGAAAUUAUACAACUGGUUUAUAGACACUAAGUUUUGAAUAUGAAAAAUAAUUCUGUAAGGUAUUUUCUGUUUUCUUAGAUAAUUAGAAGUGGCUAGUUUGUACUCAGCAUACUAUUUCAGUCAGACUCAUUUCCAUUCUUCAAUGAAUUUAAUUUUCAUAUUAAAUCAGUGUUUCAAUAGCUGGUUACAUUCCUUGCUAGUAUUGUUAAAUUGAAAUUGAAACUGUGAAAUUGAAGGUAUGCAACUUCAAUGUUAGAAUCCAUUAAUGUAGUUUGUGGCAUCUAGAUUUUUCAGUUUAAUACCUAUAUUUAUGUGUGUGUGUGUUGGGAUAGCAUAGCCAGCCCACUUUUAAGCCUCUACUAACUUGGCUGUUGUAGUGGAUUGUUCCUUAAUUUUUUUCUCAGGGCUUAACUUCUCCCCAAGAAUAACUUCAUUGCUCCGCUGAUGAGUCUGUUCCAUUCUGCUUUUUACCCAUGACUGGGAUGAAUAUAAGCUAAUCAAUAUCUGCUACCCCUUGAUGGCUACCACUAUGCAACAGACAGGACUGAUCUCCUGUUGUUGUGUUUCUUUUAAUUCAAUGGUAGCUAGGGAACUGUGGCUCAUAGUGGGCUAGUAGUGGCUAUGGAGUGUGGCUAGGUAAUAAGGCUGAUAGUGGCUAUGGAAUUUGGCUUGUAGUGGCUAGGAAAUUGUGGCUAGUUGUGGCUAGGUAACAUUGGCUAGGGAAUAAGGCUAUUAGUUGUUAGGGAAUAAGACUAGUAGUGACUACAGUAUGUGGCUAGGUAACUGGCUAAUAGUGGCUUGGUAACUGGCCAGUAAUGGCUAUGGAAUGUGUCAUGGUAACUGGCAAGUAGUGGAUAGGUAACUGAGACUACUAGUGGCUAUGGAAUAUGGCUAAGUAACUGGCAAUUAGUGGCUAGGUAACUUGCUAGUAGUGGCUAGGUAACUGCCUAGUAGUAGCUAUGGAAUGUGGCUAGGUAACUGGCUAGGUAACUUUGGCUAUGGAAUGUGGCUAGGAAACGUGGCUAGGUAAUUGUUGCUAGUAGUGGCUACUGAAUAAGGCUGGUAGUUGUUAGGGAAUAAAGCUAGUAAUAUCUAAUGGAAUGUGGCUAGAUUACUGUACAGAUGUGGCUAUGUAAUGUGGCUAGAUAACUGUCUAGUAGUGGCUAGGGAACGUGGCUACAUAAUAGUGGCUAGCAGUAGCCAGUGAAUGUGUUUGUUCCAAACACUUAAGUAAACAUCAUUAGACUCUCAUUCCUAUUCAGUGACAAAGGGCGAUUUUGUUUGUAAUUUGGAUAAGUUCUUAUAUUUAUGAGUUUAUCUUACACUGUUCAGCAUGAUCUUCUAAAGCAAAUGCGUCUGUAUCAUACUGGCAAGUUACCCUGAGGCAGCACUUCUCAAACUCUUCAGUUCAGCAGAGUGGAAGGAAUCUCUCCUCAUUACAAAAGGGUGCUGUGCCUAAUGAAUUGAUUAUUGCUCUAUUUCAAUUCUCUUAAAUGUUUCAUCUUUUGAGGACCAGCAACUAAGAGCUUGUGUGUUCACUGAGGUCCACCACUUUGAGAAGAACUGCACUAAAGCACUUUCCCAUUGAACCUGCAACAUUCAUAACAUUGCAAUGUAGCCACACAAAAGAAAUCUAGAAGAAAUUAAGUAUAAUUAUUUUUGGUAUAAAAUAUAGAAUAGUUAUGCUGUAUUUCAGGUCUUUGUUUUGAAAACGUGACUAUAUAACAUGAGCCAGUAUUUAAUUAUAGAUUGAAUGAGAUGCCUCAUUUGAGAGAUUAUUGUUGAGAAUAGGAAUAAAUUAUUCCUAUUCUUAAUCAAUAUUUUGUUGCUUUUGCAGCAGUAUAAAAUUUAAAAUAUAAUCCAUUUAAUAAUGCAUAAGGAGCUAUACUUAUCCCAUGACACAUCGCACGAUAAAAUGCUUAGUUGGGGGAUACAUAAAGCUGGGAUAAUAGAAACUUUCAUAUAUCUUAAUUUAGAGAAGGGUUUCUUUUGCUCAACAACUUUAUAUAUAAAUAAUGAAUUGUUGAUUUUAAAAUUUAUUUGGAAAAAUUCCUUUGUAUAGGUAUCUCAAUUUUGCUAUGUUGUUAGAUUUUGCAAGAUGGUGACUGCUGGUAACUGGUUCUGUUUUAACCAUGAAUUGUACAAUAUUCUGCAUAAUGAGUCCCACUGUAACUGUUAAACAAAUGGUCAAGGGUUGUUAAAUAAUUUUUAAUGUCAAAUAAAACCUGUGUAACAAAAAGUAUCUUAAUAUUGUAACGCCUUAAUAUAAGUUUUUCUUUUGCCAUAUUUGUUUUUUAAUUUAAUUGGACACAAACCGAGAAAAUUAUACUUUACUUUCACCAGUGCAAUAACCUCCUUAAUAUUAUAUGGGCGCCCCUGCUAAAAAUUUGUUGAAAAGUUUGAAAUUGUUAACUUUUUGUCAUUUCGUUCUAUUUGAAUUCCAUUUUAGUUAAGUGGUAAUAUUCCAGCUGAAGAUAGCGGUUGUGUUUAUUUUAAUAACUAUAUGCAGUUUUGACGUGACUGGCUUUUCGGAAGGGUUUCGACUUUUGCAUAACACUCAAAAUUUUACUAAAAUGGAUUUCUAUUACCAUUUUAUAAAAAUUUUAAAUUAUUGAAGUUUUUAUUUUCUUUUAAAUUAAAUUAUUUCAACAAGGGUUGUUAUUUCUUUUAUUUGUCUCUCCAAAUCUAAAAAAUUUAAACCUGUAAACCAACUGCACUUCUCUCUUGCUGGAACUACAUGAUCAAGUUCUUUUUCAGCAUCUUGAUGUAUUUUAUUCUUAAUGCUCGUCUACUAUAUUAUAAAAUGAGUAAAACAGAGUAGGGUUAAACCUGAAAAAAUACACGCAACAAAACAGCGAACGUGUCGGCAGAAAGCCUUUGUCAGCGAACAAAACAACAGAAAAAAACAGUAUAAAAAUAAGAAAUAGCACUUAGCUGGAAAGUAGUAUCUGUGGGCAGCAAUAGAAGUGUGGCAGAAGGAAAAUGAGUGAGAGUUUAAAAGUGCGGUGAAAAAAAAGGGGGAGAAAAAUGUUCACUGUGAUAGGUCAGAACGUGGAGGGGUGGAGCUAGGGUCAAGCUGUGAACAGAGACAUAACAUUAAUCCCAUCUGGCGUCAAAGUGCCGUAAGUCAGGAUAAGUCUGUGUUCCAAAUUGACCCGGCUGGCGGUGUUCGUGCUAGCCACAAUCGCACUUAUGGAAAAGUCCGCCUUGCCCUGUCAUAUUAUCCAUUUUUAUUUUACUGCCUAAUUGUACAAUAACCAUUUAAUUUUGCUGGUAUUUCUUAUUGUACACCCUUGUCUGUUAAAUCUCAAAAUGAUCUGAGCUAUCUCCUUGGUUUCCUCAGACUACUCAUCAAGUGUUGGAAGGUGUGUUAUAGACCAGGCUUGUACAACAUACGGCCCGCGGGCCGUAUGCGGCCCACCAGCAGCCACUUUGUGGCCAGCGAGGUAGCGAAAUAUUCUUUAUUCUCAUUUUUUUCUUAUUAGCUUUUCCCUGUCCAUUUUGAGUUGUGCAGGCCUGUUAUAGACUAUAAGGCAUGUUAAAAAUGUAUACUUUAUCAAUACUUAUAAAUGCACCUAUUUUGUUUUAUGAGACAUUAGACUGGGCACGAAGAUUGUUUUUUAUAGAUAAAAUUAAGAAAGCAGUAAGUUUGGUGAACCACUUGAAGAAUUAGUUCCCAUUGAGAUUAACGUUCUUGCAUAUGGCUCAAUAGGACAUGACACAUUUUUUAUUAAGGGAAGAGUAUUAGGAUGUACACAGUAAAAGUUAUAAAAUGAUAUUCUUCUGUGUGGAACAAAUCAGAAUUAUAAACUGAGUCUCAUGAAUGUAAACUGACUUUUUUUUUCUAUUUCCUAGAUUCUCUUGUAAUUGAUGAAUAUUUCAAUUUACAUAUAUCAUUAUUAAUAUUAGUGGUUUUAU